AUGCCCUUGCACCUCUUCCAUGAGGAGGCAGACAAGGAGAUGAGAUGGAAGUGGGUGAAAUCUUCUGUGCAGCGCCUCAUUGAUGCCGGCUUCAACGUGUCCUCAAAGCGGGAACGUGAUCCUGCAGGGUGUGGCCAUUGGAUUCAGGAGAUUGAAGGCACGUGGAUCAGAAGCGCUAUGAGGCACAUCAUCUUAAGCGAGGCGCCCUAG